CGCAGCCCCGGCCCCUACCUUCUCCUUCUCCUUCCGCUUCCCUCCCACCCCACACCGCAAGCCCAAACAAAACGCAACGCGAACCAGCCACACGAAUCCACCAGCGCACGCGCACCGUCACGCGAGGGGCCCUCCCUUCUCGCCCCGUCCGGACCCCCGCCCGUCGCCGUCUCUCCCGUCGCGCGCGCCACGCGAACGGCACCUAGGCGAAGCGGCGCACGAUGAGGCCGGGCGGGCCGCCGAACUCGCGUGCGCUGCAGCCGCCGGGCACGCCGGGGCGGUCGCGCCGGCGCCCGGACCUCACCCUGCCGCUGCCGCAGCGGGAUCUGACCUCCCUCGCCGUGCCUCUGCCCCUCCCGCCGCCGCCGUCCUCCGCGCCGUCGUCGGGGUCGCUGUCGGCGCCGGCGUCGCUCGGCGCGCCCACCCCGCCGACCUCGGCCGGCGCCGCGCCGCCGAACCCGCCGCCGCUGUGCGAGCUGGAGCGCGUGCGGCGCGUCGGGAGCGGCGCCGGCGGGACGGUGUGGAUGGUGCGCCACCGCCCCACGGGCCGCGCCUACGCGCUCAAGGUGCUCUACGGCAACCACGACGACGCGGUGCGGCGGCAGAUCACGCGCGAGAUCGCCAUCCUCCGCACCGCCGAGCACCCGGCCGUGGUGCGCUGCCACGGCAUGUACGAGCAGGCCGGGGAGCUCCAGAUCCUGCUGGAGUACAUGGACCAGGGGUCGCUCGAGAGCCACCGCAUCGCCGACGAGCGCUUCCUGGCGCACGUGGCGCGCCAGGUGCUGUCGGGCAUCGCCUACCUCCACCGCCGCCACAUCGUGCACCGCGACAUCAAGCCCUCCAACCUGCUCAUCGACUCCGGGCGCCGCGUCAAGAUCGCCGACUUCGGCGUGGGCCGCAUCCUGAACCAGACCAUGGACCCCUGCAACUCCUCCGUGGGCACCAUCGCCUACAUGAGCCCCGAGCGCAUCAACACCGACCUCAACGACGGCGCCUACGACGGCUACGCCGGCGACAUCUGGAGCUUCGGCCUCAGCAUCCUCGAGUUCUACCUGGGCCGCUUCCCGCUCGGCGAGAACCUGGGGAAGCAGGGCGACUGGGCCGCGCUCAUGUUCGCCAUCUGCUACUCCGACUCGCCGCAGGCGCCGUGCAACGCCUCGCCGGACUUCAAGAACUUCAUCAGCCUCUGCCUACAGAAGAACCCGGUGAACCGUCCGUCCGCGAUGCGGCUGCUGCAGCACCCGUUCGUGGCCCAGCCGCAGCCGCAGCCCCUGGCCGCCCCGCCGUCAUGAUGGCUCGCCGAAAUCCACAAUUCAUGACCGAUUUGAUUGAUUGAUUGCUUCCCGUCGUGGUACAACUGAAGGCGGCGGGCGGAUUGAUCUCUCACCUUGUCGCCUGACCUUUGGGGUGGAUGGAUGGUUGGUUGCAUGAUUGGUUGUGGAUGGCCAUGAGAUGCGGUACCUAGAGACGUUCCUCCUAAUCCUAGCUAGGCAUGCAAGUGGCUCAGGACAAGCCGCUAACCCGCAGGGCUGACCGCACCUCGCCGCAACGACCCGCAUCCGCAUACCCCGACGGCGUACUGGAGCUCGGAAAGGCGCGCACAUGGCGUUCCGCGGAUUAUGGCGCCGCCUUGUAUUUCCCUGUCCGAUCGUUGAAGCAGCAGCAGAGGGAUCGAGUUGAUGCAGAGCAGCAGAAGACGAGAGCCACGCCGCCGCCGCAGAAGUGUCAUCGUCGGCGCCGUUUGUCUCCAACUCCUUGCAGGAAAGGAAGAGGAAUGCGGAGGCAUAGGUCACGGUCGGUCGGUGCCAUGGCCGAGGCGGGGAUGAAGCGCAGCUUGAUUGGUGUCCCAUGUUCCAUGUGCAACCACCUGAUAGCACGCGGCACUUGCAUCCACAUUGCUAGCCCAUUAUGGGAAUUGGUAAUUGAGGCCUCCUCCACAGCAAUCAUCACCGCAUCAUCAUCCAUCGUUGCUGAAUGCUGCUGUCGUCUCAGCACUUCUUUUUCUCCCCCCU